GGAAAAAAAGGGGGGCGGGGGGACUUCGGUUCUCUUCCUAUGCAGUUAGACUAGCGGGGGAACUUGGAGGAAGGAGGUCAGCAGCGACAUGGACUGAGAAUCAACCAGUUAGGGGUGAAAUUCCUCUGGCGUCCGAACCUCGAAGUAGUUUUGCAUUGAGCUCCUUGGUGACAUCUUCCUCCCGAUGGCUACUCCCGUAAGGUCUUCUGGCAAGCGUACACACAAUCAUCCCGAGGCAAAUGAUCCUGGGCAUGUCUACAAUGUGCCUCCUCUGAAUGCUAUACCCCUGAAUUAUUUUAACCCGUUUGUAGCAAAUGAUGAUGCUAAUGCUGCUUGUGCUGAUAACAAUGUUGAUGCUGGUGCUGAUGACCCCCCGGUCGAACCUGCAAACACAGAAGACCCAUCCAUGGUCUUCUUUCCCAAUGGAACAACUGAGGCAGAGUUUGCAAACAUCUUGAACAGAAACAGAGGAGCUAUUGCCCUCUCCGGGGCUGCAGCUGUACAGAAGAUUGGUUCAGGUAUUGGACAAAUGAACAUUGGGGAGAGUGACGGGUUCUACAUAUUCCGCAUCUCUCUGCCUGGAGUGUCCGGAAAUGAUAAUAGCUUCAGUUGUGUUGUAGAUCCAACCGGGAUGGUAGAGAUACACGGGGUGAGCACCACUGGGGAGCAGGUUGUUGAGAAACCGCCUCAAGUCUUCUUCAUGGAGACCCGAAACCUCUGCCCUCCAGGACCCUUCAGCAUCAAGUUCAGGCUUCCCGGUCCAGUUCUUCCCGACCAACUCAGAAGCUCUUUUGUGGAUGCUGUAACGCUGAGGAACAUCUGUGCAACACGAUAGUCGACGCCGCCGUCACCCGGUGCGUCAAGCAGGUUGCCGGCGAGUUGAACGGUGAGAACAACGACGACCGUGUCAGCAGGUCCAAAGAGCGGAAGACGGCAGAGUGCACCGUCAAUUCCACCACUUCCGUCAGCGGCGGGGCGAUUUGUGAGUCGAACUCCCUGCCGAGGUGCAGACAGUGCUUGACGGGUGCGACUGACAAGGUGAUCAAUCUUUGCCCGGACCGGAUCGGCGGUCAGAUUAACUUCACUCUCUGCUCCUUUAGGUUCGAGCUCCAUCCAUGGUUUUAAGAUCAAACCAAUGAAUCAAAUUAUCUACUCAUUUGGUGUCAGCUGCUUGCGGAUUGGAAUCUGUUGUAGUGAAAGGCCAUGUUCGUCGAGAUUAUCUUUAGAUGGUAUUGGCUGUGGGUCUAUGAUUAUCAAAACUCGUUUCUGUAUCUUGUUUAGAGUUUUGAACGAUCUGAGGGAGUACAAAAAUUUUGAGUGUUUUUCUCUAAUAGAAUAAUUUUG